AUGUUGCGCAGAGGCUCGGGAGUACCCCUAGCGCUGGGGACUUGGCAAGCUCCCCGUUUUUAUGUAUAUGAGGCAGGUGAGGUUCCAGGUGUUCCCAAAGAUUUGUUGUACAUAAAGGAGUCCGCAUGGGGUCCCGCUGCAGCCCAGGUGGGCCCUGCCCCCGUUUUCCUCGGAAAGCAUCUCGAGCUUCAGGCGACCCAGACAAACAAAACCCCCUUGAGAGGCCGUAAGACAAUCGAACUUGGGGCUGGGGCUGAUGCCCAUGCAUGCGAAGAAAAUGGACCGACUUUGGCUCUUUUACAGCAUAACGUUGCCACCUUUAACUCUGAGUUCACAAAGUGCCAUCCGAUCCGCUCCGGUGAAUUCCCAGCAUCUGAAACGUUGAGGGGCUUUUUCGACCUGAUUUUUGUAACAGAUCUCCUGAACAGCCCCAGCGCACGGGUUAAGACGCUAAAAUGUCUCCUACAUCUCCUCGGCGCACGAACGGAAUGUAUCAUUGUUCACGCAUGGCGCAGUCCUGAGGCGGAGAAGACCUUUUUUGAGGCGCUUGGGAAGUGUCUGAUCGUCAGCCGGCUCGAUGGGCAGCGGGACAUUCAAAAAAGAUGCAUGCAGGCCAUUAGCCGAUCCAUUUCUGACAGCGCCAGGGAUAUUCACGAGGCAACUGAUGAGGUUCCAAACCCUUAA